AUAAGUAAACCAAAUAACAGUGGUACUGUUUUUAGCAUAGGAAAUUCAUUAAUGAAUAUAGUAUUUUUUUCUGUGAAAGGGAAUAGGCAAUUCAUACACAAUUACACUAAUUCAAAACAACAAACUGAGUAAGGUUAUUUUACAUAAACAUUUACUUUUUAUGUCUGCUGUGUCACGUGGUUUUGGUAGUAACUAUGGAAAUCCCAACGCAAUAGGCUAUCAGCUUCCGUUUUUUUUUAAUUACUUUUAUUCAUUUAAAUUAUGGCCGUAACUGUAGUGUUAAGCUUCUUAAACGGCCUAAAAUGACAUUAUAGUUCGUUUUGACAUCUGAAAGUGGAGAUGAAGCCUUAUACCGGCGUCGUUAGACCUAAACUGAUGUCACUGCCAACCGAAGCUCCUCUGAUAAUACACAACAUUACAGACGCGCGACACAGGUAUCCUUCAAACUCGUUUUUAUACAGUCUAUGUUUAAACUACAUCUCCAUUCCUCCCGUGUCUGGAUGCUCCACCGCUGCUCAAUCCACACUGAAUGUCUUCUCAGCAAAACAGAAAUACCCAUCCAGUCCGAGCGUUGUAGAUUCAAGGGAUCUAAAGCCUCACAGUGUCAGCUCUAUUACUGAAGGGCCUCUGCUUCCAUUGGUAGCUAAAAAUCGCUCAGUAGUCACCAACCUUUCCUCACGAAACCAUGUGUCUGAUAUUUCUGACCGUCAUUUCUUAUUUGAUAAACGAUGGAGAAAUGGAACUUACACCACUAAUGGUAUUGAAGAUGAUGUUCUGAUGAACCACAACCCUACAAAUCCACUCUUCCAGGAGUUCCAUGUUUAUCGCUCUCAUAAUUUAACCAGAUUUGCCCACCGAAAAGAACUCUGCCCGCGCGACCCAAAGCCACUUUUUUGCGGGUCUGAUUAUCUGACUUCAUUUCCGUCCGUUCUGUUACCAGCCACUACCCCAUCUAUCAGUGGACGACUCUGUUUAUCACAAAACUAUAAAAACGGAUUAAGGAUGAAAAACAAAGCGCAUAAUCUCUUCUCUGAUGGUGCUGACAACAAAACCUGUGGGCCGGUGAUUGUUUUUCAGGCCAGUCGUACCCUGAUCCACAUCUGGGUGCCUCGGGAUCUUUUGUUCAGAGGCUCACUGAGAUUUCUUCUCUGGAAGCAGAGACAGUCCGGCAGGAGAGGAUGAAGAGACUCAAAAAGAUCAAUAGACAGGACUCUUAAUCAGAGUCCAUUAGCCAAAAAGGAAACACACUUGACUCCUGAAAUCACAACUGUGACAAGAAGGAGUAAAUAAAGUCCAGGAGAAAAACUUGAGAGGUACAGAGUGUUGUACUGUUGUAGCAUAGCCACUAUAUUAUAACUAAAAUAAAAUGAAAGCGAUGGCUCUAGCAAGCAUUUAUAUUUCUUAUGUAAAACAAAAAAUUGUUGAAUAUAAAGUGUAUUCGCCAAGAAUAACUGCCUUAACAUUGCACUUAUAUAUGUGUUGCAUAUAUAAAAAGACUUUAUGCUUUGUGUACUGCAUUUAACUUUAAGUAAAUAUGAUC